AUGCAACAUUUGCCAGCCACGUUGUGCCGCAAACUGGCUCGUCCAGCAUGCGAUGUGUUCAUAAACCACCGUGGGAUCGACACGAAAAGGAACAUCGCGGGGUUGCUCUAUGACCGUUUGACGAGGAUGGAAGUGCGGUCGUUUUUGGACAGCAUGAACAUGAAACCUGGGGACAGGUUGUUCCAUCACAUCGACAGGGCCAUUCUCGGGUGCAAAGUGGGUGUUGCGGUGUUUUCUCCACGUUACUGUGAGUCGUAUUUUUGUCUCCAUGAACUCGCUCUUCUCAUGGAGUCAAAGAAGAGGGUUGUCCCCAUCUUCUACGACGUUAAACCUUCGCAGCUCGUGGUCAAGGACAACGGAACUUGCCCUUCUAAAGAGCUUCAGAGGUUCUCUUUGGCACUCGAGGAAGCUAAAUACACUGUUGGAUUGACCUUUGAUUCUUUCAAAGGGGACUGGUCAGAGACGCUUAGGGAUGCUUCUGAUGCAGUGAUCAUGAACUUGCUGGAGGUAGAGGAAGAGCGUAAGCGCAUGAAGAGGAAACUGUGA